AUUCGGAAACGUUAGACGCGUCGCGUUUUUCUUGUGCGAGCAGUAGCGCAAGCUAAGCAAUAUUGUACAGACAUCGGUUUUUACAACAAUUAUUAACUGGAUACGCGUCAUAUAUCAAGGGAAUUAUUGUGAUCUCUUAGUAUCUGUGUUAUUGUAAUUUUCUUUUGUUUUUUUUUCCUUAUUUCGAAUUAUUUUCAUUUAAUUCUUAUUCUUUUAGAACACGGACUUAUUUCGAAUUACUAAAGAAAAUGCCUCCUAAAAUCUUAGAACAGGUUCGUAAUGGUGCUACGGAUGCUUUCUCUCAUAUGCCUGACUUCAGUUUCAACGCUGAGGCUGCAAAGGAAUUGUCGGGACAUUUAGAGAAGCUGGGUUCAGACGAUGGUCCAGUCCAAUUCCCGCUCGCAUUUGAAUCUGUAGAGGAAAAAGUAAACUUUCUUGCAAUUUACGCUCUUUUAAGUUUUGGUUCUGGUUUCAGAAAGGAAUUACAUGAAUUCGCUCAGCGAGGUGCUCAGGACACGACUUUAUUUCUCGCGAUGACCAUGUAUAUGACGAAGAAACCGGGACUGUUGGAUGCGGACUUCUUAUCAAAUGUCACUGUCAGUGACAUUGCCGAAUGGGCCGGCGUUCCCCUACGCAUUGAGAAACCUUGUGAAGGCUUGUCGUCUUCCGCUAUUACUGAGUUGGUAGACAGCGACUUAAAGCCAUGGGUAGAGAACAUGGCACACGUCCUUGUGGAGACAGGCACCAUACUAAAACAACUCGACUGUCAGUCACUGGGAGCGUUCUGUCUUGAGUACGCAAACCCAAAUGACUCCAACGAGCUUGUAGAGCGUCUGUGUAUGUGUUUUCCUGCCUUCCAAGAUGUUGGCCGCUUGGAUGGUCAACUUGUGUAUAUACUGAAGAAGGCCAUGCUCGCUGUGUACAUGCUACAUAACGCGUACCCGGACAGGUUUUCGUGUGAAGGGUUAAGUGUGUUUGCUGACAACGUCUUGCCUAGCAUUCUUGUUUAUUUUCAUGUACUCGAGAUUCCUGAAUCCCUUCGAUCAAAGCUUGAGAAUCUUCAACCGCUCACUGACAAGGAGGCACUACAGCUUCGAACUGCCACAGUUCACAUCUGCAAUUUAAUUGCCAAUGAAACAAACAUCUCUCCCGUGAAAAUUGAUCAGCGUCUGUGGAAAUACUCAAAGUCAAAUCCAGAAUUGCGUAAAUUGCCGAGAUUUCUUAAAAAGGAUACGGUGAUGUUUUAGGUUCUCAGUGAUGUUACACAAAGAAAUUAUUAACUAUCAACCAACCACUUCACUAGACUUAUUAGUGCCAUCGUCACUUAUUUACUACCUAACAUUUCGUUGUUAAGCCCUCGGUCCGAACGAGCAAUUCAACCCACCAAGUCACUU